CAUUUCGUCUUUCUCUUUAUUCAAUGCCUCAAUAUGAUUACCUCAAGUUAUGUCAACAGAUCACAAAGCUAGCACCAUCAGUAAGGACACAGUUUACAUAUCAAUCAUUACCUUCUAUAUCAACAGCAACAACAACUCGGUCUUUAUUAUCUCUUGAUGCAACUACGAUACCCAAUCAUAUUGCUACUAAACGAGGUUGGCAAUCACUGCAACAGCGAUCAGCUUUUUCCACUUCACAAUCAAUAAAUGCAUCCGGGUUUCCUUUUCGUAUUGGCAAUUUUAGAAAACUGGCUAAACUCGAGCAAGAAGCAAAUAAUUAUUCUCAAGAUCCCUUAAAACAAGCUCUCUUAUACAAGGAAUGGUUACGAGCGAAGAAUCCACAAGCAGUGAUUACCCGAUUCGAAAGAGGCAACUUUGCACAAAAUGAAGAAUGUUGGCAAUACUACAUCGCAGCACUGGCUCAAACGGGGAAGGCGGAGGCUAUUUUACCACGGAUAAUGCAAAAACUAGAACAACACAGCAAUGGCGUAUGGGCAGAAACAGCUACGAAGACUGGAUCAGAUUCCAUAGCUGCUAACGGCAAUAACAAAACAAUUUCAAAAGAACUCAUUCAACAAAUCAUUGCUAGUCGUGGUGGUGCUGGGAGAACUUUGGCUUCAGAUGGUGCAAAUGCUACUAUUGCUUCUGGAUCUGGCAUCAAAGGAAAUCCAAUUUAUGUGGUAGUUGAAGAAGGGCGUAAAUUCAUGGUAUGGAAGGUUCUUCGUUGGUUAGGUGUUACAGUGACCUAUGCCUUCUGUAUUUUGACGAUUCUCUCUUUGGCUUUGGAAAAUUCUGGAUUAUUAAAAACGGCAACCUCACAAACAGAAUACGAACCUAUCAAUCAACAAUCCGUCAAAUUUGAUGAUGUACAAGGUGUAGAUGAAGCAAAACAAGAAUUGGAAGAAAUUGUGCAAUUUUUAAGAAACCCUCAAAAGUUUACCGAACUUGGUGGGAAGUUACCCAAAGGUGUCUUACUUACUGGUCCUCCUGGUACUGGAAAAACUAUGCUUGCUCGUGCUGUUGCUGGCGAAGCCAAUGUUCCUUUCUUCUUUAUGAGUGGAAGUGAAUUUGAUGAAAUGUAUGUUGGUGUUGGUGCAAGACGUGUCCGUGAACUCUUUGCUGCUGCUAGAGCAAAAGCACCAAGUAUUGUUUUUAUUGAUGAAAUCGAUGCCAUUGGAUCAAAACGCAACCCAAAAGAUCAAUCAUAUAUGAAGCAAACACUUAAUCAACUUUUAGUGGAUUUGGAUGGAUUUUCUCAAACAGAAGGAGUGAUCUUUAUUGCAGCAACUAAUUUUCCCGAGCUCUUAGACAAAGCCUUGGUGCGUCCUGGAAGAUUCGAUCGACAUGUCAAUGUACCUUUGCCUGAUGUGCGUGGAAGGAUUCAAAUAUUAAAACAACAUAUGAAGAACAUUAUGUUUGCUGGGGAUGUGGAUAUCAGUGUGAUUGCUCGUGGUACUCCUGGAUUUAGUGGGGCGGAUUUGGCCAAUCUUGUCAACCAAGCAGCUAUUCAAGCUAGUCGUGAAGGUAGUCGUGAAGUAACUUUGAAACAUUUAGAAUAUUCAAAAGACAAGAUUAUCAUGGGUGCCGAAAGGAAAAGUGCAGUGAUUACGGAAGAAAACAAACGUAUUACUGCUUAUCAUGAAGGUGGACAUACUUUGGUGGCUUACUUUACUCCUGGUGCUAUGCCUCUUCAUAAGGCUACUAUCAUUCCUCGUGGAUCAGCUUUGGGUAUGACUGUACAAUUACCUGAAAUGGAUAAGGACUCAUUUACGAAAAAGGAAUACCUUGCUCAAAUUGAUGUUUGUAUGGGUGGUCGUGUAGCAGAAGAAAUGAUUUUUGGUGAUGAAAAUGUGACAAGUGGUGCUCAUAGUGAUAUUGUCAAAGCUACAGAUGUUGCAAGACGAAUGGUACGAUUCUUUGGUAUGAGUCCAAAAGUAGGACCUGUGAACUAUGAUGAUGAAGAUAUGCAAUUACUUAGUACGGAAACCAAAGUACUUAUAGAAAGUGAAAUCAAGGAAUUGGUACAAGGAUCAGAAAGUAGAGCAAAACAUAUACUUAUGACUCAUAGGGAAGAACUUGAUCGUUUGGCAAAAGCAUUGAUCGAAUAUGAAACUCUGACAUCUCAAGAAAUUAAAGAUGUAUUGGCUGGAAAAUCCAUUUCUAGGUAGACUUUAUUAUUAUUUACUAUUUCUAUUAGUGUUAUUAUUAUUAUUAUUAUUUUUUAUUCUCUUAUGUAGAUACUAU